AUGUACUGUAAUCUAGACUGUUUAUUUUGGGAGGUGCCCCUCACACAACAGUGCCCCUCACACAACAGUGCCCCUCACACAACAGCGCACCAUACACAACAGCGCCCCAUACACAACAGCGCCCCAUACACAACAGCGCCCCUCACACAACAGCGCCCCAUACACAACAGUGCCCCAUACACAACAGCGCCCCUCACACAACAGUGCACCAUACACAACAGCGCCCCUCACACAACAGCGCCCCAUACACAACAGCGCCCCAUACACAACAGUGCCCCAUACACAACAGUGCCCCAUACACAACAGCGCCCCUCACACAACAGCGCACCAUACACAACAGCGCCCCAUACACAACAGCGCCCCAUACACAACAGCGCCCCUCACACAACAGCGCCCCAUACACAACAGUGCCCCAUACACAACAGUGCCCCAUACACAACAGCGCCCCUCACACAACAGUGCCCCAUACACAACAGUGCCCCUCACACAACAGCGCCCCUCACACAACAGCGCCCCUCACACAACAGUGCCCCAUACAGUGCCCCAUACACAACAGUGCCCCAUACACAACAGCGCCCCUCACACAACAGUGCCCCAUACAGUGCCCCAUACACAACAGUGCCCCAUACACAACAGCGCCCCAUACACAACAGCGCCCCAUACACAACAGUGCCCCAUACAACAGUGCCCCAUACACAACAGUGCCCCAUACACAACAGCGCCCCUCACACAACAGUGCCCCUCUCACAACAGUGUCCCUCACACAACAGUGCCCCAUACACAACAGCGCCCCUCACACAACAGUGCCCCAUACACAACAGUGCCCCUCUCACAACAGCGCCCCUCACACAACAGUGCCCCUCACACAACAGCGCCCCUCACACAACAGCGCCCCUCACACAACAGCGCCCCUCACACAACAGCGCCCCUCACACAACAGCGCCCCUCACACAACAGCGCCCCAUACACAACAGUGCCCCAUACACAACAGCGCCCCUCACACAACAGCGCCCCAUACACAACAGCGCCCCAUACACAACAGCGCCCCAUACACAACAGCGCCCCUCACACAACAGCGCCCCUCACACAACAGCGCCCCUCACACAACAGCGCCCCUCACACAACAGCGCCCCUCACACAACAGCGCCCCUCACACAACAGCGCCCCAUACACAACAGUGCCCCAUACACAACAGUGCCCCAUAAACAACAGCGCCCCAUACACAACAGCGCCCCUCACACAACAGUGCACCAUACACAACAGUGCACCAUACACAACAGUGCACCAUACACAACAGCGCCCCUCACACAACAGUGCACCAUACACAACAGUGCACCAUACACAACAGUGCACCAUACACAACAGCGCCCCUCACACAACAGUGCACCAUACACAACAGUGCACCAUACACAACAGUGCACCAUACACAACAGCGCCCCUCACACAACAGUGCACCAUACACAACAGCGCCCCUCACACAACAGUGCACCAUACACAACAGUGCACCAUACACAACAGUGCACCAUACACAACAGCGCCCCUCACACAACAGUGCACCAUACACAACAGCGCCCCAUACACAACAGCGCCCCAUACACAACAGCGCCCCAUACACAACAGCGCCCCAUACACAACAGCGCCCCUCACACAACAGUCUCUGCAGGGUAUGUGGUGUAA